ACUAUAUAGAAAAUGGUGGUUUCCGAUUUCCUGAUCAACAAUAAAAGAAAAGAACAGAAGUUGUAAACAUUACCAUUUUGGAGAACUACUGGCUAUAACAAAGAUUCUAUUGACGAUAACACUUCGACCAAACGGUGUGAGAUACUAACAUGUACGGGUAACGUGUCGGCACACAGAGUCAUGUAGCUACGGUGUGGAUGGGCUGUUUGGCAUGGCAACAUGUACAAGACAUGUGUGUACUAACCUCUGACCUGGGACACUCUACCUUUGACCCAGGCACCUUACCAUGGAAUCAUUUGAGGUACAGAAUAUCUACGGCACACCACAGAUUCCCAGAAAGAGGCCAUGUAUCCGGCCAAGGCGAAUGACCUUGAUUGACCUGAGAAAUGUAAGGGUAGAUGAAGAAGAUGAACCCUACAGAAAAUCUAGUACAGCCACCAUACGGUCAGAGGGGACAGGAACCCAGUUUUACACCAAGCAGCAUGGUGGAGUAUUACAGAUGUAUGACAGCUCCGACAAUAGCAGCCUGGGAUCCCAGCGUAGCAGUACUGCCUCCACCUCAACCAUCCGCAUCAGGCGUGUGUCGAGCAUGCUAGAUGGCUCCACACGUUUCCCCAAGCUGCAGGAGUGUGCUCACUUCCACUAUGACUUUGUGGAGCUCAAUAAAAUACAGGUGUCGCUGUGUGACGAGGACCAAGAGAACCAUCACCAUGGAGAAACAGACAUCAUGGAACGGACAUUUCUCGUCAAAACUCAGGCCAGUGACAAGUCAUGGAGUGUUCGUAGAACGUUCAAAAACUUCAAAAUGCUGGACCGACAGUUACAUCGCUGUAUUUACGACAGGAAGUUCAGCCGCCUUCCAAAUCUCAACCAGGAGGAGGACUCCACUAAAAGCUAUAAGGAGAUGGAGGAAAUGUUGUCGCUGUAUCUACAGAGAUUCUCUCGCAUCGCAGGCAGCAUGAUCAACUGUGGCUCGGUACUCAACUGGUUUGAGCUGGACAACCGAGGGAACCGCUUGCUGGCGAUGGAUGACUCUGGAAUCAACACACCCGCUAUAGCUGCAGCACACGCCAUCAAGCGUUACACAGCCCAGGCUCCGGAUGAAAUCUCACUUGAGGUGGGAGACAUUGUAUCUGUGAUCGACAUGCCCCAACAGGAGGAAACCAUCUGGUGGCGAGGCAAGCGAGGGUUUGAGGUUGGGUUUUUCCCGAGUGAGUGUGUGGAGGUGAUUGGAGACAAGGUUCCUCCGUCAGUCGAAAGUCGUAUACCAGACCCUAACGCAAGUAAGAAACCAUUGGUUCGGAAGCAUGGGAAGUUCCUGUCUUUCCUCCGGAUGUUCUUCACCACCCGUCCAGCUCGAAACCAGCUCAAACAGUCGGGGAUCGUGAAGGAGCGUGUGUUCGGAUGUGAUCUUGGCGAGCAUUUACUCAACACUGGCCAAGAAAACUCGACAGAUGUGCCCCUGGUAUUAAAGUGCUGUGCAGAAGUGAUAGAACAACAUGGAAUUGUGGAUGGAAUCUACCGACUGUCAGGGAUCACCUCUAACAUACAGAAACUCAGAUUGGCCUUUGAUGAAGACCGGGUUCCUGAUUUGACAACUGACGUUUAUCUACAAGACAUUCACAGUAUUAGUUCACUACUUAAGAUGUACUUCCGCGAGCUUCCCAACCCUCUACUCACCUAUCAACUGUAUGACAAGUUCGCUGAUGCUGUGCGAGAUGAAGACAACAAACUAUGGAAGAUUCAUGACGUGGUGCAGCAGUUACCUCCCCCUCAUUACAGGACUUUAGAAUACCUCAUGCGACAUCUGGCCAAAGUGGCUGCCUAUGGCCCUGACACUGGUAUGCAUUCCAAGAACCUGGCCAUUGUUUGGGCACCAAAUCUUCUCCGGUCCAAGGAGCUGGAGUCUGGGGGUGGGGCUGCGGCUCUCCAGGGGGUGGGGAUACAGGCUGUGGUCACAGAGUGUCUUAUACUCUACGCCGAUCUCAUCUUCAGCGAUAAGAUGCCAUCAUACUCUUCCCCGGAGCUCAGAAGUGCCCAGAGAAAGCCUCGGCCUAAGUCUCUAGCAAUAUCCACACCCACCAAACUCAUCACACUCGAGGAGGCGAGGGAGCGUGCACUGUCGGCCAGCCUGCGUCCUCCGCCACAGAAGUACAUUGAUGUAGGAGGCGGACCAGAACGCCUCCCAUCUCGUUACCACACGGUUAUAGAUUUACCAGGCUACAGGAAGAAGACUUUAGUGAGCGGCAGUAACACUGUAGGCUACGGCAAGUCAAAGAAAUCCCCGAGUGGCUGGCGUUCCAUCUUUUCUCGUGGGCCACGACAGGGAAGCAUCAAACAGAAGGGGCGUAAAAACAGCAUAGGAGAGCCGCUUGUCCUUACUGAGGACAGGAAAGCCAUCACCGAGGAGGACGUUCACAACUGGAAACGUCGCCGGCUACGGGGUGCCAAAAGUGCUGAGUCACUGUUGGCGAUGUCACUGCCGGGUCUGGACUGCGGACGAAUCUCACGAGACUUUGAGGAAUCCCUGUAUAGGAUUUACUCAGAGGAUGAAUCGAAGCACCCCAGUAUCCGACACAAACGGUCUUUGUCCUCCGAGUCGCCACGCACCAUGAUGCACUCGGACCAUUCCGUAUCCUAUCCCUCUUUCAUCAUGACCGGGUCACGUGAGGUUGGCAUUGAUGUCGAUACCUGUGGGACAAGUUGUGAUACGCCAGACAGUACACCAACUGAGAACGGAGUGUCUGACAAUCGACCGGAGCGUAAACAGUCCUUUGUAAGGGGGGAUAACAAACGUAAGGUUAUCAACCAUCGGCGGUCACCAUCCGGGCAAUCCACACCCAGGCAGGAACAGGAUCGACGGUCACCAUCCGGGCAGGAACAGGGAGCUAGCACGGGCAGUAAAGGAGCAGACAAACAUAACAAGGCAGACCUGCCACCUGGUGGUGUUCGCAAGUCACAGGAGGGACGGCAAGAUGAUUCUGACAAAUUUGUGCUACAUGUGAAGGAUGCUAAUCUGUUGAAGCCUUCAGAUCAGCUUAAGUCUCCAAAUCUGAUACCAAACGUCUCACCAGAAGAUAAGCGAGAACAUGGCCGGAGAGGCAGCCGAACACCACCUGCCACCAGGGGUCGUCUUCGUGAUGACAGGGUCAAAGAGAAGAAUUCUCAAGCAGAUGAUGGGAAGGUUGUGACCAUAGAACUUCCAGAGAGUCCAGGUGCCAAGAGGAAAAACUGGAUGGGUGGCAGUGGUGCGUCAACACCAGCGGGCACUCCAGACGAACCCCCGCCCUCUCACUUCUACUACUCCAAACAUCACGACUAUGCAGAAAUCCUUUCCGAUGAUGAGAAGUCAAGAUUUGGUAUUGACGAAGGUACGAAAACCUCUCCAAUGGAUAUUUCAGGCCACAGAGAGACAACGUUUGGUGCAGAUAAGAAAAUGUAUGUGGAUAAGUGUCGCUCUGUUGGAACACCAUCGUCUUCCCUUUCGUCACCAACAACAUCCGACCCUUCAUCUGGAACUCCGGAGCGUGUCAGAAACAUGGAUGGUAAAGUCGUGAAGAUGACAUCAUCAGCUAUUUUACAACAAAGUGUCAGUGAAACAAAUGAUUUGUCUGUGUCUAAGAUGUCGAAGUGCCUGAGUGUACCUGCUGACAUUCAGAAGUCUUUGGAGGAUAUGACAUCCUAUGCUGGCUCUCGUGAGGACAUGCUCAGCUCCAUCACCAUCAGCGAAUUGUCAGCGUCAACAGACAGUUUCGCACGCUAUGAAGACAGUAACACAGCUGCUCGUCGGAGACGUAGUGCCUCAGUGGACAGUUUCAACGAAGCUGAAUCGCCACUCACACGGACCCUACGAGAGAUCAAUGCACAAAUUGACAAAGCAUUCAGGCGAGAUUUGGACAAGGGCAAUCACUUACAGGAAGGAGAACGUCCCAACAACCGUAGUCGUUCAGGAUCUUUUGACAAUAUCCCGUCAGAUUACCAGGGAGAAAACAUUGGUUUCUCAUCUCCUAAUAUCAUCCCACCCCUGCCUUCAGAGUCUGCUGAUACAAAGACCACGUUUGUUGAACGCCCGGCUGAAGAGAUUCAGGUAAUUGAGACUGCCCGUGUCAUCAGGGCACCCCUAAGGCCGUCAACGUCUAACCAAACAAAGCUAGCACACAUUAAUACCCAGAAUGCCUCACCGACAGGAAGUGAUAUUUCAGGAUACAGUGAGAGCCAAGGAAAGUUGAGUCCUCACCUUGUCAUGCGUGGUGCAUGUAGCCAACAGUCAAGUUGUCUUCCGAGUCCUAUGUCUCCAUCAGAAGAGCGAAUUAAAUUUGGACUCUCUGAUGACGAGUGUCCCGUCAAAAGCCGAAAUCAAGACAAUAAGAUGAAGCGUUCAGAUUCCCGUCAUGGGUGUGUAGAAUUUGAUCUGUCAGAUGAAGAUCUGGAGUUCUUGUCUCGUCAAGGUAUUAUACAGGAAAUGAAAACAACGCGCCGGGUGAACAAGGACGGGACACCCUGUAGUCCACUUAUGUCACCAAGUGAGACCCCACAUCAUGUGACCUCUCCUAUGCAAUGGUCCCCAGAGAUGGGAUAUAGGGACAUACCAAAGUCACAGUCCUAUUCUGGGUCAGGGUCCUCUUUUGUAGGUGGUGCCUCCUAUAGUCCCUCAACUGGAAAAGCAAGUGAUGCAAAAGUAGGUGACGGAUCACCAACCACAAAGGGUCAUUCUGUACAUAAAACCAAACCUCCUGCCAGGCGUGAAUUUGCAAAAUUGAUGCUGGAAUCUGAUCACGAUGCAUCCAACAAGUCAUCCAAGUCAAGCCCGCGGUCUCCUAGGCAACAGCCACGGUGGGAAGACCUUGCAGGACUGAAUCAGGACUUUGGGGCUAUUCCAUCAGUCAAACAAAUUACAAAGGUGGGAGACUCGGCAAUGGUCAAAACACCGAAAGACAAGGUCAAGGUCGAAUCAGAUUCCACUUCUGACGAUUUUGACAGAAAACUACAAAAUUUGUCUGAUUUUAAUGAUGUCUGGCGCCAGCAACUGGCUCCCACAGGAGAUGUGUGUCGCAACGUCUCUAAUGAUGACCAGGUGCUUAAUUCUUCUGAUAGAUUUCGUCCCCAGCUUAAAAAAUCUCUGACAGUUGGUGCCAUAGAGACAUCAACAUCAAUGGGCAGUCAUAAAAAAAGGGAAAAAACUCCUGAGUGUGGUACACAAGAUCAGACUGUGACAAUGGAAAAGCCAAUGAUAAAGAAAUGUUUGACCGAGUCUGACAUUCCUCGGAUACGUCAGUGUAGUAUAAUGACUCAGGACAGUCAGAGUACUUCCUCCUCAAGUGGGACAUCAGACGCGCUCACAGAAAUACACACAGUCACUGAUCGCAUGACGGUGGAGAAACCGUCUAUACGACGAGGUGAGUUAAAACAAAAUGACACAAAACUCCCAUCUGCUAGUCAAAAGUGUGACCGUGAGGAGAAGGCGUCGUUUCCAAAACCACGCAAAAUUCAGAAAAUGGAUUCUUUUGAUUUUCCACUGGAAAAUUCCUUGCAAGAGAGAAUGGACACCUCUGGUCCGUCUGAAGAGAGGUUGGGUCCUGUGGAUAAUCAAUACAGCCAUGCUGUUACAGCAGCAACUCGCAAUCAUGUUGUAUCAUCUAGUCAAUCGGAUAGUGUGUCAGCCUUGGCGAGUAAUACUUACAAUACAAACAAUGUUGGGAGUGCCGGACAUUACAGUGAGUCGUCCAGAUCAGAGAAUACUGCAUUCACGGAGCGCGACCAUGCCCAGCCAUUCCAAUCUAUGCUGGAAGAUAUUGACGUGAACGAGAGUUGUUUUGGCAUUCCUACUCAUCAAAACUUGUCAAAUGAGUUUAGAGAAAAAAUGAACGAGAGAUUAAAAUCACAGUCACAACAGAGUAGUUUAGAUUCCCCAAGUGUGGUGGCCAUGGAGUCGUUUGUGUACCAGGAGCAGUCGGAACAUGAGGUCCAUGUAGGAUUUGCCAGACCAGUUGUAGAUAUGAGUCACAUCGAGGCUGCAGCACAUUUUGAUCAGGGGGAUUACGAGGGUGAAUUCCAGUCAAGCACACGGAUGGAGGUGGAAGCAGGGUUGUCAUCCAUCAGUCUGCCAGCAGAGAAUCUCUGCUCUGUGUCACAAGGCCCUGCAGUCAUGCUUGACAACACAGAGGAAGCCCAUCAGAACGCUGUCAAUGCUGAUUUGGAACUGACCAUGUCACAGAAGUCGCCACAUAGCAUGACAACAUAUGACGCGGAUGACUUUGAUGACGAUGACGCAUGUUGCUCUAAAUUAAGGAAUAUUGUACACAAAGACGAUUACAGUGAAGCAGAAUCUCCGUGGCAACAGAGUCUAUCCGAUCUCCCAGAGUUACCUCCUCCUGAAAGGGAAUUUAUGGAAGUGAGUCGCCCCAGUGUUAUAAAGUGUUCAAAGUCCCGCAAGAAGUCUGAGCCUCGAUCAAAUGUUGCCAUCAGGCGGACAAUGUCGGAGCGAUCAAAGGCUGAGGAAGCGCUUCUUCAGCGAAGGGAGGUGGGUUUGCAUCGGAGAGAGACUGGUAUUCCAAAGGUUAAGUCAGAGAAGAGGAGUGCAGACAAGGGAGGAUCAAAGGGUCAGAGGUCAGAGCGAGGAGAGACCAAGCUGGUACUGGAAAGAAAGACAAGUUUGAAGAAGGGGAAGGAUAGCUUACACAAUGCAUUGUACGUGGAGGCAGGUGAGGCAAGUGAUGCAGACACGAAUGAUGAUGUUUUUAUUGAUGCAUCAGCUGGACAGGAUAUACCAAGGGAAAGACAGACCCAGAAGUUUAAUCUGGAGCGGAACCAAAUGUCGGCAUUUAUCAACGAUCCACCAAGUCGCAGCUCGCUUGACGAGUCCUUCCUCCAGGUGGCAUCCUCGCGUCAUGACGACUUUCUAAGCAGAGACGAGGCAGGACAGCAAGAGGAUAUUCGUUUCACUCGUGCCCAUAGAUCCACAAAGCUGAAAAGUUUGCGAGAGUUGUUCGAGAAGACAGCCGGGGAGUAUGAGGCAUCACAAUCAAAGAAGAAACAGUCAUCAUCGUCCCAGGAAAAGCUUGUUUGUAUGCCGGCAGGUGAAGCAGAAAACAGUGAGACAGUUAGAUUACACAGUGCGCGUAGUGCCUUUGCCUCCCGACGUUCACAUUCGCACACCGAACGCUUUGUGAUGGACAAGGAAAAUGUUUCUACACAGUUCAUAACAACCUCAGAUGAGUGGCAGAUGCCAAGAAGUCGUCGUAGCAUCUCCACUGACAUUGGAUAUGAACUCGGCAGGAAAAAGGAGACAACUCGCCGAGAGCGUUCGUGGGAUCGUCAGUCUAGCUUCACGAGUGCUAGCAAACCACCGAAACAUCGCAGCUGUUCACGGAAUCGCACGGCAAGCGAAUCCUCAGUCAGCGAGUCCGAGAACCGCGUUGGAAGUUCUCGUAGUUCUCCAAAAUCUCAGCGUCAAGAUGGAUGUUCCUCUGGGCAAGAUGGCUCUCCAAAGUCAAGGAUACCAACAAAAAUCCAUGACACUGGAUCACCAAAGCUUGUCAAAGACACUGCUCUUAGAAACUCGCCAAAGGCUCAGCAUUUAGAUGGGGGCUCUGUUUCAAGGCCAGAUGCAACUAUCUCCCCAAAAUCUCGUAAAGGAAGUGAAUCUCCUUUUUUACAAAAAGCAUGUGACAUCUCUAUACCCUCACAACGAAACAGACAGAGGACAGAUGAUUCGCCUAAAGUGUUACGCCGUGUGAGUUUUGGACGAAGUGACAAUACUCCUGCCGAAGGUUCUCCAAAAUCCCCACGGGCAUGGAGGUCCCCGGGCAAUAGGAGGUCAUUGUCAAUAGAAACCUCCAUAGCAACAGUAGAAACAUUGGAAAAAGACACUACGGUGCAGAGAAGUUCUGAAAGAACUCUAAGUCAGUCUUGUAUACUGCCUAGCUCCAAAGGGAGUCAAGGGGGUGUGGAGGAUUGGGGUGGGUCGGGGACAGAGGGGUGCAAUCUCGAGCGGAGAGGGAGCAUUAAGGAACUGAGAGAGUUUUUCGAACAGAAACAUGAUGCUGACACUCAAAGUGCUGAUAAUUUAUUGUUAAGGUCGAGGGUUCGGAGUGUGUCGCCCACACUUUGUCAAUCACAUCGCCAUGAAUCUCUAGAGACAGUCAAUGUUCGUCACAGUCUUGAACUGCCAUCAAGGGGGGCAACUCCGCCUUUAGAAGGGUCAGUCCGCUCUCAGCCGAUCCGGCUGGGUCCUAAGCCAUUCUAUGGAGCGAGAAAAUGAAAUGUAUGAUAAUAAUUACUCCCUUGUUAAGAUGUACAACAUUUUAACCUUUUUAGUAUUUUUAAAAAUCUAAUAGUGUAUGUUCGCUACUUAUUAUAUGACCUAGUCUGUAUAUUCUGAUUAAUAUAAAGUGAAGAAGUCACAUCUGUGACAUGGGUGACAAUAUACAGGGUUUAAAAGUCAACUCUACCUUAAGGCAACCUCUAUAUAAUGGUUACCAGCAAAGAAAGCUUACCAAUGCAGGUAGAUUUUCUCUAUAGACAGAUUAAAUAGUCAUUCUCCUUCGUAAAGGUUACAGUAAUAUAAAAGUUCUGUUUUGUUGUUUUCGCUGAAUACCAGUUCCCACUUUGUAAGCUGUUAAUGAGAGGUGAAGUGUAUGCAGCUGUGACUUUAUAUAAUGCUAACUUCUACAUCAAUACUAUAAUGUAAAAGAUAACACGUAUACAGUAAUUUUAUGUUGUUAUGUAUUGUUGAACAAUACCAUGGAAACCGUUAUAUAGAGGUCACCUGUAAGGACAAGUUCAAUCUAUGAAGAUGUGAUUUUUAUGUAGAGUGGAUUUUUAUAUAGAGUUGACCUUUAAAACUUACAAAUAUUGUAUAAUACUGGCUUCUCCCAGUCAGUAUAAAUUAUGCAAGUGCUUACUGAUCCAGUCAAAGUACUGAUCAGGAGAAAAAUCCCAGAGUUCACGAGUGAAAGAUCAUGGUCAGGGUGUAAGGUCAAUGCUAGGUAAAACAUACUGACAUUAAACGUUCAUAAUAGAAGGAAGUUAUAAAUUGCAAUUUAUGUUUGUGGAGAGAGAAGA